AUGGCCAUUCACUACAGGCUUGACGCCUCUUCCCUGGCUACAGCCCAGGACGCGCAGAGUCAUUGUACAAUCAUGCGUUUCCAAGACCUGUUCCAUUUCAAUCCGCCUCAAUUGCUCUCAUGGUGUGACUGGGUCCUUGACUUCCCUCGACCAGAACUACCCGCGCCAACAGUUCGCCUUUGUGAUGCUAAAGAACAACACCUCAAUACCCGUGAGGCGCAGCUUACCGACUUUAUCAAGACACGGCUUCCGAAAACAGACAUCUUCUAUGCCUUCAAGCAUGAAAAUAAGCACCGCAAGAAGUCACGUGGACAGUAUGUUGUCACGCAGCUCUACGCGCUGUAUGAGGUUGAGCAUUGGCCUCUGGCAAAAGAACAUGUUCAGUGGACAAUGUUCGUCAUCGCCAAUCUCAGUUACGAUGAGCAAGUAGGGUCCGACGCACACGUGGACGGACUUGUUUUACCCUCUCUUCCUUCAGCCGCUGCGGCCAUGUAUCGUGAAAUGACCCUUGCAUACCAGGCAAAAUCUGUCAGACGCACUUUGAAAAGCAUCAAGCACCCUCCACGGUCUGAGUCAUCCUGCGGUUCUCGACCAAUGUCAUCCAAUCCCAAUCAACUAUGUCAAAGUUCAGCGCAACAAGGGCAAAUUCCGGACGGUUGGCCGACUCGAGAUGCCUAUGUAGGGUCACCAUGCAGGCGGGAAGAGAGUGUGUCAGGUCAUGAGAUGUCAGUGGCGACAGUCCCAAAUCAUAAACCGCACCAAGCGGUUACCGCAGCACCAUCUGCCACAACAGAGGCAACGUUACAGCAGAACCCCAGGUUUGCGAUAGCGAAGAGGCUGCGGCGCCCCAGAGUGUUCAUUUCAAGUUCUCUGCGGACCGAAGUUGACGUGACAGAAAAUACGUGUGUCACUCCGGCUAGUAUUACUCCGGGUGCUCCAGUACCAUGGCCUCACUCUACGACAGAGACUAGAACGCAACAUCUUCCAGCUGGGCUACAGCACCUUAUUGCUUGCAAUGGCUUCUACACUCCUUCUUUCCGUGACUGGAUCUCCAAAAAUACCGAGUUCUAUGAGUGGGCAAUGAGGGGCCACGCGCAUUGGGCUACCAGAUCGGUUCGGCGGCAACAUCAGACCUUUGUACGUUGGAUCUUGUCUCACCCAGAGUCUCAGUCGUGGACUGCUCGUGAUUGUUUUGACCUAGCAAGAGAUCAGGUGCAUCGCAAAGCUGACAUGGCAUAUCGCGAAUGGAGAAGACACUGCCCCAGCGUUGCGUUCGAUGAGGAUUAUCCAUUCCCUAACUGGUUGGAUAAGAUGUUUGCAUACCUACUUGCGACCGUUCGACACCGCGAUCCGAUCCCCACUGAUGCAACUGCAGCAUUUGUUCGUGAACUCAACGUCAAACAUAAAGUGGAAGCAGCAGCAAGGCAACAGGGAAUUCUUUGGAGAUGGGCCAGGGGCAUGUCGGCCCAACUAGACGAGAGGAAGAAGACCGUUGGAGCAAUUCGAUUCCGACUCGAAGCCAGCCAGGGAUUUGUGAUGGAUCUUUGGACUGGUGUUACCGAGGAAGUGGAGGCCUUCGUUGAGAGGAUCAAUGCGCGUGUGACACAGAGAAAUGAAGGUAUAGUCGAGUUGCCACACGUCGUCUGA